AUGGCGCCGCACAGUGACUCGAUGCGAUCAGAUCCCAAGCAUGGCCCUGUCGAGAUUGAGGUCCAUCGCUACCAAGUGAACACGCAAUCAGCAGUCAUCAAGGAGCGAUCUAAUGCGCAGAAGCUCGUUAACCCCAAUCCGCCUAUCAUUGUCGACUUGUCGGAUCUGGAUUUCGAGUCUGUCGCCCUUACUUCCGUCAUCGACUACCUCUACAGCAACGAGUACUUGAGUACAGCUCGCCCACCCAAGUUAGCUAAGAUAAAGGAUGAGAGUGAUGAUGCCAUACAGUCGACUGUCGCAUCCGCAGAAAAGUACAUCAGCUCUUGCGGGCGUGCAUCUACUCCUCAGGCGGCCUCAACAUCAAACAAAGGAAACCAGAACCGUUCCGCGGGUCACUCUGGUAUUGACAUUGCUGGGCAUACCGUAACAAGAGAGUCAGUCACCCUAGAACUGGACGAGAACACCCUCAAGCGGAAGCGAUCGGAUGCGUUCCCCAGCAAUGUACUCGAUUUCCACAUCAAGGUCUACAUGUGUGCCAAGCAGCUGAAGAUUCGCGCUGCGAUGGAGUGCGCCCGUGGCAAGAUUCUUGCAGCAUUUGAUCAAAUGGUAUCAGGACAUGUCUUGGUUGAAGAUCUGGUGUCGCCAUUGAGACGUCUGUUCGAUGCCUCACAGAUGGAAUCACCAGAGCUGGCAGCGCUGAAAGAACAGCUCACAAAGGUCGAAAAGGAGCGGGAUGAGGCUUUCACUGCCCGUGACAACUUGCAAACCCAGAUCGACACGAUACCAGACCAAAUCAAGGAGGCGAAGACCGUGCAGCGCAAUGCACUUGGUGAGCAGUUCAAGGCCAAGAUGCGAGAACUCAAUGGAAAGCUCAGGGAGAAGCAGACCGAGCUUGACACGGCUACGACUGAGCGAGAUUCAAUGCAGCAGCAGCAUCAUGAAGUCAAUCUACAUCUGGCUAACAUUCGAUCUGAGGUGGAACCGGCUCUCAAUAAGCAACAACCCGACUUCGCACCCGAGAAGGCGACGCUUGAGCGACAGCAGCAUCAGCAACAUCAUACGGAUCAGAUUCAGAAGGCUGAGCAAAUGACGGAAAAGAAGAACGCGCUGAAAGUAAAUAUGUCCACCAACCGCGCUAACGCAGCGUUGGCAAUGCUCAAGGUGGUCGAGAUUGCUGCUACUGAUGUACCAGAACUCGCCAUCAAGGCAGUUUGGGCAGAAGUGAAGAAUGCUAAACCCAACUUUGAUGGGCAAAAAGAAGCUCAAAUUCGAUCUGAUCUCAAGACAGCUCUCGAUCAACAGCGAAUUCACCUUGCGCCUGGAAUGGAGUCGAACUCCGGAGGCAUGUCUGCUAGCACCAGCACGGUGGCUCCGGUGCAGAACAGCGGCGGUCCCUUUAUGGUCCCACAGGUUGGAGCCUUCUAUGGUAGCAACGGUGCGACGAUUCCGUCGCAGAAUGGUGGUGGCUUCUUCGUAGACCAUCAGGCAGGUAUUCUCGCUAGUGGCAACAAUGCGACUACCCCGUCACAGCACAGCGGUGGUCUGUUACCACACCAACCGGCUGGAGGUCCCUUCAGCAACAACAACAACAUCACAACCCCAUUGCAGAGCGAUGGUAGUCCCGUCGUUAUUUCUCAGACCGGAAGUUUCCCUGGCAAUAAUGGUGCGAUGACGACCUCGCAGAGCAGUGCCGGUCUUUCUGGGAGCCCAAGUCCAAGCUUUGGCUCUGUUUCCGGCUGGAGAAGUUCAAGUCUGAUGCAAGGUCUGACGCCAUGCACAGAUGCGGUCGAGUUCGUUCCUGUGAUUGUGGAAGAAAGCAUUCACCGCUGUUACCAGAGCAUUACUUCAAUGGAAUACUACAAGCACUGGUCAUUUGAGGAGCUACGGUGGCAGACUACUCAAGAGGAUGACUUCAGCCAGCAGUUGAAGGACAGCAAUGGGAACGUGUACCCUUCUGAGUCAAGGUGUUUCGAGAAUCCGUUUGAUUUUCUCAUGCUGUACUCUGCAGCGCAAGAGUCAGCAACACCUCCCUUGACGACGAAAGGGCCGAACGACGGGUGA